AUGUUCCGGAUACUGACCUCCUGCUGGCCUCGUGUAAACGCAACUGAAGAGACACGAAGGAAUGUGACCAUCAUUAUCAUUGGACUGGACAACUCAGGCAAAACUGUUCUUGUGAAGGCAUUCCAGAGACUACUCCCCAGUAGGACGGGCGGUAGUAUGAAACCUGAACUGACCACACUCCUCCUGGAUGAUUAUGAAGUUUCCGUCUAUGAUCUGAAUGGAGACAGGAAUGGCCGAGAAAUCUGGCCAAGCUACUACGCGCAGGCACAUGGACUUGUUUUUGUCCUGGAUUCCAGUGACUUAAGCCGCAUGCAGGAAGUGAAGGUCAUCUUACCACACCUGCUGUCUGAUGAAAGAGUGGCCGGGAAACCCAUCCUAUUCCUGGCCAACAAGCAAGACAAGAAGGACGCCUUGCUACUUCGUGAUAUUACUGAAUAUCUGCUGCUGGAAAGGCUAACAAACAAGAACCAGUCCCUGUGCCGAGUGGAGCCCUGUUCAGCCAUCAAAAACCGCCAGAGAAGGAACCAUGAGCCUAUAAUUGGAGGCCUGCGCUGGCUGUUAUCUGCCAUUGGGGAUAAAUAUGAAGAGCUGUGUGCUCACCAACAGCCACUCCCAUCGAGCAUCCCAGCCCCCAAGAGCACCAGAGGCUUUGGGGAAAUAUGCUCAUCAGACAGCUUCACUACCAGGAUGGGAAAGUCCGAAGAAAAAAGACAGCACCUAGGACAACACUCAAUGGAACCUAGGCCUCUAAAGCCAAUCCUACAGAAAGAAGGUAUAACAAGACCUAAAAAGAACACAUCAGUAACAUUUGCUUUAGACGAACCCAAGGAGGAGGAUGAAUGUUAUGGGGGAAAUGGAGCUUGUAACACCACUGAGCCUGGCUACAAUCAGAGCCCCCAGCUCCAUAUGCUGAGAAAGCUUUUUGAAGUACCUCUACAGUCCCCCUACAACUCCACCUACUCUAACAUAAUAUCCCUGAGAACUCCCAUUGUGCCUGUACAUCGACAUUCGAGCCAUAAAAUGAAUCUUAUCCCCACCGAGAGGCUCAAGAACAGUUAG